GGCAGCGGUGGGAAGCAGGCCGGCAGGCAGACGGACUCGCGGGCGGGUGGUGGCCGUGCUUGUUGGUGAGGGCGGGAGGGAGUGACUCACUGAGCGUGUGUGAAGGAAGGAAAGAGCGGGCGGGCGAGCGAGCGAACAGCCCGCAUCGUCCUCCCGCAGCACCAGUCAGGCCACCCCGCCGCCGCCGCCUCCCCUCCUCCCCGCGCCCAGGCCGGGCCGAGCCGAGCCGGGUCGGGCCCGGGCCAUGCUGCUCACCGUGUACUGUGUGCGGAGGGACCUCUCCGAGGUGACCUUUUCCCUCCAGGUCGACGCUGACUUCGAGCUGCACAACUUCCGCGCGCUGUGCGAGCUCGAGUCCGGCAUCCCUGCAGCUGAGAGCCAGAUUGUCUAUGCUGAAAGACCUCUCACAGACAAUCACAGAUCCCUGGCUUCUUAUGGUUUGAAAGACGGGGAUGUUGUGAUUUUACGACAGAAGGAGAAUGCAGACCCUCGACCUCCAGUGCAGUUCUCAAACUUACCCCGAAUAGAUUUCAGUAGUAUAGCUGUGCCUGGCACGUCAAGCCUACGGCAGCGCCAGCCACCAGCAGCACAGCAGUCUCACUCAUCUCCUGGAGAAAUAGCUUCAUCUCCUCAGGGCUUGGACAAUCCAGCCUUGCUCCGAGAUAUGUUGCUGUCCAACCCACAUGAGCUGUCCUUGCUAAAGGAACGCAAUCCACCAUUGGCCGAAGCACUGCUCAGUGGAGACCUUGAAAAAUUUUCCAAGGUCCUGGUGGAGCAGCAGCAGGACCGAGCCCGGAGAGAGCAAGAAAGGAUUCGUCUGUUUUCUGCUGACCCCUUUGACCUUGAAGCUCAGGCAAAGAUAGAAGAAGAUAUAAGGCAACAGAACAUUGAGGAAAACAUGACAAUAGCUAUGGAAGAGGCUCCAGAAAGUUUUGGCCAAGUGGUCAUGCUUUAUAUUAACUGCAAAGUGAAUGGACAUCCUGUCAAAGCCUUUGUUGACUCAGGUGCCCAGAUGACUAUUAUGAGCCAAGCUUGUGCAGAGAGGUGUAAUAUAAUGAGACUGGUGGACCGUCGAUGGGCAGGGAUUGCCAAAGGAGUGGGCACCCAGAAGAUUAUCGGAAGGGUGCAUCUAGCUCAGGUUCAAAUCGAAGGAGAUUUCUUGGCAUGUUCCUUCUCUAUACUUGAGGAACAGCCAAUGGACAUGCUUCUGGGAUUGGAUAUGCUUAAACGGCAUCAGUGUUCCAUUGACCUCAAGAAAAAUGUACUCGUGAUCGGCACCACAGGGUCACAAACCACCUUCCUUCCUGAGGGAGAGCUACCAGAAUGUGCCCGCUUGGCCUAUGGGGCUGGAGCCGGGCGAGAGGAUGUGCGGCCAGAGGAAAUUGCAGACCAGGAAUUAGCAGAAGCCCUUCAAAAAUCAGCAGAGGAUGCAGAGAAAAGUGGUAAAGAAUCUACCUCACUGGGAAUGUCAUCAUUACCAACUUCAGAUGGAUUUAACCAUCCAGCCCAUCCUUCCGGACAGAGUACUGAAAUUGGUAAUCCUACGAGUCUUUCUCGCUCUGUCUCUGCUUCAGUCUGCCCUAUCAAGCCCAGUGACCCAGAUAGCAUCGACCCUAAAACUGUGAAGGCUUUGGAGGCUUCAGCUGAAUUCCAGAUAAAUUCCAAAAAGAAAGAACAUCUUCCUCUGCAGAAUCAUUCUGAUCAUGCUUCUUCAGUAGACCAUGCUCCAGCAGACCAGAGUUCAGCUAUGCCUUUGCAGAAUUCUCCUGAAAAAGCAGUUGUUGCAGAUAAUCUGGAGACAUCUGCUAAUAAAAAUACCCAGGGCCUCAAAUUUCAUCUCCAUGUAAGACAGGAAGCUAGUUUAUCUGUCACAACUACUGGGAUGCAUGGACCACAAAUGUUUCUAGGCAAAAAAGAUUGCCCUCCAGAACAUCAGAACCUGACUCAAGUGAAUGGCCUUCAGCAGCAUGAAGAACCAGGGAAUAAACAAUAUGAGUUUGUGCAACAGAAUGUUCCAUGUGACCAAGAACAUCUUUGUGACAUAGGGGACCUUGAACUUCCUGAAGAAAGGGAACAGAACCAACAAAAAAUUAUUGAUUUAGAAGCUACUAUGAAAGGAGAUGGGCUGCAGCAGAAUGUGAAUCUUCCAAGUACAAAGAAAAGUAUUCUAUCUUCAGGAUGUUUUGGCUGCUCAAAUUCAGAAACACUUAUGGAAAUAGAUGCUAUGGAACAGUCCCUACCUGCUGUGCUUAAUUCAGCAGGCAGUCAGGAUACUGAUGGCAAGAACAUCAGUGCAUCUGAUCUCACUUUAGAUAAUCCCUUGAUGGAAGUAGAAACAUUAAAAUGUAACCCCUCAUCCGAAAUUUUGAAUAAUUCCAUUUCCAUUCAAGAUUUACAGUCCCCAGAAAGAAAUACUGAAAUGUCUGGAACAAAUAAAGAAUAUGACAAUUAUUCCCCCUCUUCAGGUAUCAGUGGCAAUUGUCAGCCCUUUAUGGAGUCAACAGAAGAAUCUUGUUCAUCUGUAACAGCAGCCUUGAAAGAACUUCAUGAACUUUUGGUUAUUAGUAGUAAACCAGUUUCACAAAAUACAUCUGAAGAAGUUAUCUGUUCAGCAGAAACAGUAGCAGAUGACCAAACUGGUAUUAAGGACCUUUCUGAAAUACGCACCCAAAAUGAGCAUCUUACCCAGAAUGAACAGUGUCCACAAGUCUCCUUCCAUCAGGCCGUAUCUCUGUCAGUGAAGACGGAAAGAUUAACUGGCACUUCACCUGGCACCAGACUGGAAGAAAAUACAACCUUCAGGCAUCCAGGUGAUGAUAACCUGUCAGCUGAUGAGGAAGAUGUUCCCAAAUCUAGGGAAUCAGUAAACGAGAACAGUUCUGUCGCUGUAACCUCUGGUAAAAUGUCUAAUUGUACCUUAGGUGUAAAAGUUUCACCCAAACUUUUAGCAGGUGAAGAGGAUGCACUCAAUCAGACUUCUGAGCAAACUAAGUCUUUGUCAUCCAGUUUCAUAUUGGUAAAAGACUUCGGUCACGGCAUACAGAAUCCAGUAACAGACAGACCUGAAACCAGAGAAAAUGUCUGUCCUGAAGCUGUGAGGCCAUUUCUUGAAUAUGGACCAUCUACCAGCCAGCCAUCAUCAAGUCCCUCCAUUCUUCCACCAUUAAUUUUUCCUGCUGCAGAUAUUGACCGGAUUCUCCGUGCAGGCUUUACUUUGCAGGAAGCUCUUUGGGCUCUGCAUCGAGUUGGUGGAAAUGCAGACCUUGCACUUCUUGUUUUGCUAGCAAAGAACAUUGUAGUUCCUACAUAACUAUGGAAAAGUGGGCUAGGCCAUAUUCCAUUCCCUUAAAAAGAAAAGUUUUCUCUCUAUACACACACAUACACACUCACCAUGUAUACAGUAUAUGUAGAAACCUGCAAGCAGAAUGUUGAGCCAGAUUUUUUUUAAAAAUUUUUUUCGGCCAAAGUAAUUUAUGAUCUCUUGUCUGAUGAAUUUGUCUAUUCUACUUGUUAAAAUUUGGGCCUUUUUAAAUGUGUUGGCAGUAUGUGCAUACGAAGCUUUUUAUUCUCAUUAAGAUGAUGUAUUCUGGAAUAAAAUGGAUGGAUUUGUGUAUAGCAUACCAUUUUAGAGCGAGAGUUAAUGCUUUGAAAAGCAGAAGCCAUGAGAAAUCCCACCACCUAUGCAGUUAAAAACACACCAACUCCACACUGUAGCUGUGUAUCUGUGCUGUUGGCAAGGUAUGGCUUGUUGACUCAAUUGUCAAUUUAGAAAUUUUUGACCGCAUAGUUGGGUGUUUGGAAUUAUGCCCAGUGUUCUGUGUAUGAUGAUUUGUCGAUUAUAACAGGAAAUUGAAGAAUAAUUGAAUACUAUCUCCUAGAGUGGUAUGUUUUUAUUUAUGUGCUUAGGAUUUGACAUUUUAAUAGGGCUAGUGGGAGGGUUUAAAACUUGAUUCACAUUGUGUAGCACAGGCUUCUGCGUGGAUUGCCAAAUAUAUUUAUUACCUUAAGCAGGACAUUGUGGGGAAAUUACUAUUAGAAUGGAACAUGGUGCUACCCAGAUCAAAGAAGAAAAACAAAACCAACAGUAAUUCCAUUUGUAGAUAUCAAGAACUGUGAGAGAAAAACAGUGGUUUAAACACUGGAAUUUACUAGAUAUUGGGUUUGCUAGCAUCUCACUGAUAACACCUCAACCCUUAAUGACUAGUGAUGAACUUAAGUUCAGCUAAAUGGGUUGAUUGCCAGCAGUUUAUUUCCCUUCAAAUCUCACCUACUAGGAAGUUCUUUAAAAGCUCAGUUUGAGCUGUGAUCUGAGUGAAACGCUGAAGUGUGAUAACCUUGUCACUGGUUCAUCUUGGUGCUUGGAAUGGUCAGUAUAUUUUGGUGAGUGUACUUCAUGGCAGUGGAAAUAAUAGUUGCAGUUUCUAAGUGUCCUUGGUAGAUUUUUCCAUCCCUUUCUUUACUCAGGAGUUUCUUUUUUAAGCAAGAUUCAUCAUAUUUGUGUUUACCAUGUUAAGUUAGAGUGGGGCAUGAUAUAUAGAUGUAUUUAUUGUGGCCUUUUUUUGUAUAAGGACUAGCCCUUGGAAAUCAUGGUCCUGUGGGUCCCACUGUGCAAUAAUCCUACUGGAUAGGUUUUAGAUGAUUCUUCCCUGGAGUCUAAACUGAUCUCUUAGGUGCCGAUCAGGAAUCUGAAGUCUUGGUUUUAUUGAAAAGAAUUUUGAGAGUGAUAAUUUCUGAUUCCAGGUGUAGUUUCUAACAUGUUUAAAACAAAUUUUGAAAGAGUGAUUUCUCAACUUAGUGUUAAAUGAUUUUGUCUUAAGUCUGACUCUUUGAAAGUGUGUUCUUUCUAUUAAAUUUUAUGUCAUUGAGCACAAUCAAAAUGGAGGCUCAUAUCUCAGGAGUUUUUGAAAUUUUAAUUUAGAGAUAUUUCUCUUCUACCCUAUCCCAGCCUCUUUUUGCUAUGAUGUUUGUCUGUGAGCUAUCAGACUUCAUUGACGUGGUGGCAAGCCAUGGACGCAUCAUGAUCUUUCUGAAGUUAGUAAUGGGUGAUGGAAGGGGUUUAGUUUAGUGCUUUCCAGAAGACACUCAGAACAGCAGGUCAGCCAGGUUGUCUUUAAGACAAUCAUGUAUUAUAGACCUUUUAUCUGCCCUACACCAAAGAUGUAAGAAGCACUAGGAAACUGCUUAUAGGAUUCUGUCAGCUGACUUUUAGAACUAUAAUUAUAAUUAAGUAGUUGGUGCUAUGAUUGAAGCAAAAUCUAGUGACAAUGCAAUGGGGCCCUGUAUUUGCUUUAUGAGUGGUGGUUGGGAAUGUAUUCUAAGCUUAUAAAUCUUUGGAACCAUGGGGUGGGUUGAAUGGGGGUUGGGAGAUUUAUCCAUACAAUAGACUCCUCCAGAAAGGCCUCUGUGUAAAGAUGGGCCUCAGUUUUCUGUGUGAGCAGAACAUACUUUGGCAACCGUUCUGCAGCAUGGCCACUGAGUUUUUACAAUGUGGAAGUUUGGGAAACAGUCCCAGGUAGAACAUACAAUACCAGUCUGGAAAAGAUUUCUUUACGAUAGCUUUUGAUGUGUGUAUAUUUAUUUUUUAGGAGAAAAUUGAAUAGAUCUAUAAUUAUACAUGUAUUCUCAUUAGGAAUACUCUGAGCUUAACCCACUUGCCAAAUAUCCAUGUCCUUGUCCCUUUUUGUCUUUUUUUUUUUUUUUUUUUAAUAAAAACAGACUCUUGCUGUAUUGCCCAGGUGAAUUCCUGGCCUCACAGCAUACUACUGCACCCAGCUCUCACCAUUAUUAUUAUUUUUUUUUCAUACUUGCUUUUGAUUUUUAAAAAUCUUACUUGUCCAUCAUUUGUAUAAAAAUGAAAUGGUUUACUCGGGAGGCUGAGGCAAGAGAAUCGCCUAAGCCCAACGAUUUGGAGGUUGCUGUGAGCUGUGUGACGCCACGGCACUCUACCGAGGGCGAUAAAGGUGAGACUCUGUCUCUACCAAAAAAAAAAAAAUGAAAUGGUUAACACUAUUAGGAUUUUGGUUGACAUUUAAAUUUAGCAGUUCUAGAAUGUAAUAUAAGAAAUAUUACCUAGUAAACCUUCAUUGUCAGUUUUUAUUGAAUAUUUAGCACCUUAACAGCUCCAGAAAUGGAUUAUAGGUUAAUUUCUAAAAAAAAUCAAAUCAUUGUUAAGGCCUGUGGUUGCCAACAGAACUGAUAAUAGCCAGCCAUAGCCCAUAACGAACAGCUUUACUGGACAGCUCCUUUACCAUAACCAGUAAUGAGUGAUUCUGUGGUCAGUCAGCACUAACCUCCAGGGAGGUCUCUUAUUCAUCCGAAGAGAUUUUCCUGUAUGACUUGUGCUGUUUCCAUUAAGUGGUUCCCAUGCAGAAGGAGGUCCUGGAAACCAGGCAGCAGCUAUACCUAGGCUAUAGAUUUUGCUCAUUGACUCCAUUAAGGACUGCAGUAGGAUCUCUGUAAGUUGACAACCCAAGAGACUGCAACAUCUGAUAAACGUAUGGAACUAGGCCUACUGGACCGUUACGUAGAUGUAGUGUAUGUCCAGUCUAUAAAAGUUAGGUCAACUUACAGAGGUGGUCAACUGUGGAGGUUCUGCUGUAUUUAGAGUUGUUCCUCUUCAGGCUUCCAGUCAGCCAACAGCUUUAAGUUCAUCCCAAGGUUUGGGCUUUAGCUAUUAACAGGUGCUUGAUAAGGGAAGCUGGGUAGCUAGUGAGUGCGUGUGUUAGAAACUCUCCUGCCUCGCCGCUUACAGCACUUUCUAGAGCUUCUUGUCUCCAUGUGCACUGAAGGGAGACGGCACCCGUAUAUGUUUUUCCCCAAAGCAUUUCUCUAGCAAAAGGGUGCAUAGAAAUGGAAUAUGAGGUUUCAUGUCACUGAUACUCUAAAAAGCAGUGGAACAUGCCUAUUCUUCCCCUACCAUAGCUAUCUCAGCGAAAGCCAUAAAAACUUAGUUUAACUUUUUAGCUCACAUCUAUAUACACAUGUGUAAGUAAUCAUAUACAUAUGGUGAUUGACAGAUAUCUUAUAGUCGAUUUUAUAUAGAUUAAAAGCUGAGCAGUUUUUUAUAUCUAUAGACAAACCUUCACUUGUGGUGGUGUUUAUCCCGCCAUGUAUAUAGCAAACAGCCAUGCAAAUCACUGGCCAGAAAAGUUGCAGUGUGUUCUGAUUGCCUUUUCCCACCUGUUUGCCACCUGCAGUGAGGGUGAGCAGGAUAUUGAACUGCUGCAUAUUUCAAAUGUACUAUCACUGGCCAUGCUUCCUAGGAGAAGCUGAUCGGAUUAUGCAUUCUACCAUUUUCUAGCACAAAUAAUCACCAAAAAGCCAAAUUUCUGUUCUGAAUUUUGUGAGUUAGUAUAGUCUAGCUGAAAUAGACAAAGUUAUCAAGAGUUUCCCUUCCUAGAAGAUGAAUGUUACCAUUUAUGUCAGGAGUUCUAUAAAAUAAGAAUUACUUUUUUCCCCUGAGAACUAAUGUCAAUUCCUGUCAACAACAAAAUAAAUAUAAAACUUGGGAACUGGAAAUGUAAAAUUAUGGCUCAAUUUUUCUAUCUCAGUGGUCUCUCAAUAGGUGUUACUAGGAGUUCAUUGAAUAAACUAACAGACUUAGGGGUAAACCUUUGUACUUGAUUUUCUUUUGUGCCUUAGUUUCUCUGAAUAGCAGAGGCAUCAGAUUUUGGUGGGGAAUGAAAGUGGGAGUAUUAGGGAAAAGGUUUGAAGAUAGGCCUCCUAGAGAUGGAGGGCUUGCAUAAAGUGGUCCUCAGGCUUACCAUUUUGAGUUGAAAAUUAACCCAUAUCAAAUCAUUAGAUUGCCCCAUAUAGAGGAUUAAAAUAUGUAUUUGAGCUUGAGCAACAUAGCAAGAGGGUCCUUAUCUCUACAAAAAUAUUAAAAAAUAAGCUGGGUGUAGUGGCUCAGGCCUGUGGUCCCAGCCAUUUGGGAGGCUUAGCCAGGAGGACCACUUGAACCCUGGAGUUUUGAGGUUGCUGUGAGCUAGCCUGAUGUCACUGUACUCUAACCUGAGCAACAGACAGCGGGACACCCUGUUUCCAAAAAGAAAAAGAUUUUGCAUCACAUGUACCAAAAACUGUUUUUAGCUGUUAACGUUCCUUGUUGUGGUAUCAGUGUGCUGGUUAAGGGAGAGAAAUGUUCAAGAAAAUCUUACAUAUUUGAAAGGAAAUUGGUACUCUUGAAGGCUAUGCAGUAUGUGUCUUUGAACAAGAAUUGUUACUACUACUUUGAUUCAGUCAUCAAACAAUGAGUGCCUAUAUGCUAGGCACUUAUCAACUCUGAGGAUUCAGGGAUAACUAAAACACUGGAACCCUGCCCUCUUGAAGCUUGCAGUCUGGUGGGGAGACAUGACACCUUUUAGUUUUUGCCUUAUUAGCAGGCUUUUAUUUUGAAAGUCAUUAGAGUCACUUGGUUUCAUUUCAGAGUAGACUGGGAAAAUCAGGCUCACAAUAGAACUGGAUGCUGUGAACCUAAAGCAGCUCUUAAAAAAUCUAUUUUUAAAAAAAGUGGAAUCAGAGAAAUCAACAUAAAUGUGUAACAUUUGGUAGAUCAAGUAUUGAGGAAUCCAUUUGUAAUGCUUGAGGAUAGAAAGGCAACAAGUAAUAGGAAGAUAACCCUAAAAAUGCACCAGUGCCAGCCUUUUCUUCCAUGGGGACCUUCAUAUAUGCAGGGUAGUGUCUGUCUCAUUUUCCCCACACCUCCCUUGUGAGUACGGCUGCUCUCAAUACCAGCCAUCUGGGCAAACAGAACUUAAGUAGAGGGUUCUAUAGGGUGCACUAUUUUAAAGCAGCUGAGUGCAACAUGCAAAGAUGGGAACCUAGAGCAGAAAAAGUAACAAGCAACUAGACUUGGGUGGUGAAAGGGACUGCUUGACCAGAAGAGUCAAGACUCUACUAAGUCUGUCUACAGGACAGCUCUGCCAAAGGGGCGGUGGUUAAUCCAUUAAAAUGCCACAGUAUAUGUUGUCAUCCUGAAACAUACAGGUAGAAUUUCUCAAUCUUAUCUAGUGACUUGUGAUGUUUACAAUUAGAAAACUCACAAAAGUGUAUCAGUUACAUACUGGCAGUUGGCAAGCUAGACCCUCUGGGGGCUGUAGAACAGGAGGGGGCGCAGUAGGUGGGUUUAGAGCACCAUCUUGUGGAAUGACAUCUGUGAAGAAAGCAGUUCAAGGGCAUGAGAGUAGAGAAUGUUUCUUUUACUUAAAAAACUACAGAAGAUGAGGGCAUAUGGGGGCACAGAAUACACAAUUAGGAUAAUUUUUGCGAAAAACAUGUUUUGUUUUGUUUUAUUCUUGGGGAUUCAUUGAGGGUACAAUAGCGAAAAACAUGUUUCUUAAAUUUACUGAGAAGGUUGUCAUUAUCUAAUUUGGGGAAGGAGCAAGCUGGGGUAUCUCUAAUUGGAAUUUUGUUUACAAGAGUUUUGUUUUACAUGCAACCCUGAAUGAAUGCAUCUGCGGCCUAAAGAAAGAUGUAGACCUGUAUUUCUGCCGAAAGCAGCCAGGUCAAGCUGUUUCCACAUUCCCUCUGUGAUUACCUGAUGCAGACCAGACUCUUCCCUUCCUCAAAUGCCCUGCAGCUUUCUCAGUAUUUACCACCUGUCUGAGACCUCAUUUGAUUAGAUUUCCAUUCUCUCUCUCUUUUAAAUCUGGUGAUACAGUCAGAGCAAUUCAACAUACCGAGUUGCUUUUUCUUUGCUGUGUACCUUCAGUGAAAAUUGAUUUGUUCAUUUCUAUUUCAAAUCUACAUAGCAAGUUGGGCUAAUGGCCUUUGCACUCAAAAGGUUUGUUUACCAGUUUUAUAGCCAUAUUUGGCAAAUCUUAGCAAAUAGGAACCCCCUCUUUUUUUCACAUCCCUUCUCUGUUCUUGUAGUUGCUCAUAUAUUGCAAGAUUUUCUUAACUUAAGCUUUGAGACUACUACAUCUUAUAAAAAUUAGGCUGAUUGGCAAUGUAUACUUGCCAGAGGCUCAGUCACUCCCAUGAUGCUUUGGUUUUGAGAGUUGGAAAAACUCUGAGAACUUAAGGGAACCAAACUCAGGAAUCCCAAAGUUGGUUGCAUUAUGCCAUUGGUUUAGAGGUUGAACAUAGGAUCUGUCUGCAGCUGAGUGAACUAGAUAGAUGCAUUUGGGUUUGAAUUUUUGUCACAUACUGAAAUGUAAGUCAGCCCUAAAUAAUCAAAACACUUUAUUUUCUUUUUCUUUUUUAAAUAGGAACUUUCUGAAGAAAAAGUGGUGUGUAAAACAUUUGAUAUUUAAGACAAUAAAGUUUUUAUCAUAAGA